ACCAAUUAGUGGCAAUAAAUGAUAUUUUAUUCCCCUUUUUAUUCUCUCUCCUCUCUCUGCACUGCACCUGCUCUGUUUUUUUUGAUUUGCUUGCUGCUUAUGUGCAUGGAGAGAGCUGGCAUUUCUAUAGUGGCACAUUUCUUUCUUUUUUUAUUUUAUUUUUCUUUCCUUACCAUGAAUUAAUUUUCUGUUUUUAUUUCUUACUUGCCAUAUAUAAGUAUUUAUGCUUGUGUCAUUUAUACAAUUAAUGCCCAUACCACACAUACUUACAACAAUAAGGCCUUCGCCCUCUGUUGGUGGGUGCUGCUCCUUCUCCUUCUUCUUCUUCUUCUUCUCCCUCUUUCUUUUUCUCUGCUCUGCAAAUCUCCUUUUUGGUCUCUGCUGCAGAGCUUUGACUCAUGAAGAUGCUAGUGGUAUUGCUCUUGCUGCUGACUUUGAGUAAUGCUAUCGACCUUGGUGGAGAAGAGGAUGAGAAACCUUGUGAUUACAAUCUGACAUUAGAACCAAGACCACAUAGCGUGUCCAUCUUGGAGUUUGGUGCUGUUGGAGAUGGGAGAACAUUGAACACUCUUGCCUUCCAGAAUGCCAUCUUCUAUCUCAAGUCUUUUGCCGAUAAGGGCGGUGCGCAGCUUUAUGUGCCACCGGGAAGGUGGCUUACUGGAAGUUUCAACCUCACCAGUCAUCUUACACUCUUUUUGGAAAAAGGCGCUGUCAUUCUCGGAUCUCAGGAUCCAUCUCAUUGGGAAGUUGUUGAGCCCCUACCCUCAUAUGGUCGAGGGAUUGAACUUCCGGGAGGAAGAUAUCGUAGCUUGAUAAAUGGAUAUAUGUUACAUGAUGUGGUCAUAACAGGUGAUAAUGGAACCAUCAAUGGCCAGGGCUCAGUUUGGUGGGAUUGGUUUAGCUCUCAAACUUUGAACUACAGCCGCCCUCAUCUUGUGGAAUUUGUUUCGUCUAAAUAUGUGGUGGUUUCAAACCUCACAUUCGUGAAUGCUCCUGCUUAUAACAUCCAUCCAGUCUAUUGCAGCAAUGUACAUGUUCAUAACAUCUCUGUCUCUGCUCCUCCAGAGUCGCCUUAUACCGUUGGUAUAGUCCCAGAUUCUUCUGAUAAUGUGUGCAUAGAAGAUUGCAGCAUUGGCAUGGGGUAUGAUGCCAUUGCCCUUAAGAGUGGUUGGGAUGAGUAUGGCAUUGCCUAUGGAAGACCCACCACAAACGUACACAUCAGGCGUGUCUACCUACAAUCGUCUUCUGGUUCUUCUCUUGCCUUUGGUAGUGAGAUGUCUGGUGGCAUUUCAGAUGUAUUUGUGGAGCAGGUCCACCUAUACAACUCAUUUAGUGGCAUUCAGUUCAGAACAACAAAAGGUAGAGGGGGCUACAUCAGAGAGAUCAUCAUAUCAGAUGUUGAAAUGGAAAACAUCCACAUGGCAUUUGGUGCCUCUGGUCAGUUUGGUUCCCAUCCCGACGACAAGUUUGAUCCUAAUGCUCUCCCGGAUUUGGAUCACAUCACCUUGCAAGAUGUGAUUGGCACAAACAUCACUAUUGCUGGAAGCUUCACAGGGAUCCAAGAAUCCCCCUUCACUUCCUUUUGUCUAUCCAAUAUCUCCUUGUCAGCCAAUUCUGGUUCUCCCACUUGGGAAUGUUCAAAUGUUUCUGGCUCUUCAGAUUCUGUCUUCCCUCAACCCUGUUCUGAGUUUAAUAGCUCUUAUUCCUCUUCCUGCUUUUCGCUACUUACUGCGAAUGGAAAAACUGCAGUCUUAUGAUACCAUUCUUCCUACAUACUCCAGUUAUACUUUUCAGCCAGAGUCAACAACAAUGAGGGAAAGAGCCACAAAAAUUUUCUACCAUUGCCAUUUAACGUUAGACCACAUUCUUUCCAAUAAGACACAUGUUCAGAUUAUUUGUUUUCUUCAUCCUGUAGAUUUGCAGUCUUGCAUGUUCCUCCGUUCUGCAGAUUAUUUGUACAGCUUCAUUUCUUCAUUCAUGUGUAAGCAAAUUUUUGGUAGUGAUAUGUAAGGACUUGGGUUAUUGUUAGCAUUGCUAUUUAAAUUUUAA